AUGGAGCGAUCGAAGUGCAUCAUGAAUUUUCCACGGUUCGCGCUAUGGAGGCCUGCUGGUGGAGUGAUCACCCUGUGCACGGUAUUGAUGCUUGCUCCCGGUGCCGGAGGGUUCGAUGUCCUUUUCGGUUACAACACCAGUGAAUAUUGGCUAAUGCCGCCACUGCAUGUGUAUGAUAGCUUCGAGAGUUGCCUCAACAACCGUCCGGAUGGAGUGUUCUGCGUAACGAAGGUGGUGAUCAAGCCGGAUAGCCGGUCGGAAAUAUGGCGGCUGAUUGAAAAAUACUCCCGAUAUACCUUCCAAUACAAUCACGACGUGCUUACGAGAGGAGUUUGUCUGGAGAAAUGUUUCAGUUUAUUGAAGCGGUUAGAAAAUUCCGGCGUAUUGACCGAAAGAUACUACGUGCCAAAGUUCAAUGUGUCGAAAAGAUAUGCCAUCGCUGAAUGGAUUCUAUCGAAUGCAACAGAAUAUCGCCAGAAAUACGAUCGAUUGGUCAACAUUUGCCAGAACUAUGACCUACGAUCCAAUUACAAUAUGAGUGGAUUCACAUGGAUAGAAGAGUGUAAAACAAACGAAACUCUUACCAGACCAUUAGAUGCCUUGGAUGUGUUGUUCAUCAUGCUCCUUGUAACGCUCUUCAUACUCACCAUCUGCUCCCAGUGCUACGACAGUUGGCUUGCGCGGGUUUCCAACAGUGAAGACCACUUUCGGAAACCUUUGAAAGGACGAGUUUCCACUCUGGCCACUGCCUUCGCGAUCAGGCGAAACUGGGCCAAGCUCACGUACAACUCGAUGCGCUGGCGGUACCAACGGGAUCUCGACUUUCUCGAUCUGAUACGGGUGUUGUUGAUGAGCCUAAUCCUGUUGGAACAUGUGCUUAUUGGAUUGUAUAUGUUCACUUCUCAGAAUCCACUGGCGAUGGAACAGUAUGCGGCACUCCUUCCAAAUCAAAUGCUCUUCUCCAUAGUGCCGUUCCAGGUGGAUCAGUUUUUCGCUAUCAGUGGGCUUCUGAUGGCGGUACAGUUCCUUCAGUACACGGAAAAACGACCGUUCCAUAUGAGCAUUAUUUGGAAGGGACUUGUCAGUCGCUACCUAAGAUCACUCCCGGUGUAUGCGGUGCUGAUGCUGUUCACCGUGUCCCUCUAUGACACGCUCCAGACGACACCGUCAGCGUACAAAAUCCUACCAACCGUUCGGCGGAUAUGCCGGAGGAAGUGGUGGAGCAAUUUUCUCUUCAUCAAUAACUACUACCAGCAGGAGGAGCAAUGCCUCAUACACACCUGGUACCUAGCGGCUGACUUCCAGCUGUACGUCGUGGGUCUGUUGGUGAUGACGCUCCUAUGGCGAUUUCCGAAAGCUACCUUUUGGACAGCCAUUUCACUUGGCUUGCUAGGGUUUCUGUUACCGAUGGUGAACACAUACGUUUACGCCGUCGAUGCUAUGAUGCCAUUAAACGCAAAAGGCAAUGAAUAUCAGCUGUGGUACGAUGAGUAUUUCACCCGAGCGUUCCAGGCCACGGAGUUACAUUGCACCAGCUAUUUUGCAGGGAUGAUCGCCGGUUUGCUCUACCAUAAGAUCGCGCUCAAAGAACUAACGCUUAGGCCUAGGACGGUACGAAGGGUGUUCAAUGUGACAAGCGUCCUGACUGCCGUAUUCGCACUCCAAGCUCCUCUGUACAACAUGAUGAACUUCAGCAAACCCUCCGUCUGGAUGGCAAUCCUAUGCGGAGCGCACAAGGUGACCUUCGCCGUACUGUAUGCAUCUACCUUUCUGCUGCUAGCGUUUCACGAUCGCCAAUCGGCCCUCCGUCGAUGGUUUGCCGGAAAUGGGCUGAGUCGGACGAUGGCCAAGCUCGGCUUUGGCUUCUACAUCGUGCAGAUGUCGGUGCUAUGGGUAGUCUUUGGCAAUUAUCCAGAGGAUACGCGCGUCAAUCUGCAGCUGGCCGUCUCCACAUACUGCUCGACGUUUGUACUGUCGUACGCCAUUGCACUGAUAUUGUACAUCGUGGUGGAGAAACCGUUCGACGUCAUCUUUAAACUUUUGCUUGGCGGCGGAAACCGUAACGAUCAGCGAUUGCCAGAAGCGGUUAUCAGGCCAGGCAACAUGAAACCAGAAUUAUACUCCAUGACGCUGGAGAACGGAAAUGUGACAGAGCACGAAGUUGGAGCAGCUGCGGGAACAAUAAACCCUCUGGAGGGAAGGGUAACAAGUUCUAGUGCAUAA